AACACCCCUACACCCGAUGGACCCUACGCUGCCCAGUCUGCCCAGCCCGGCCUCUUACCACAAUGAGACCCUACAAUAACACCCCGCCCCGAGGGACCCCACACUGCCCUCUCUGCCCCCCCCCCCCGGGCCUCUGACCGCAAUGAGACCCUACAAUAACACCCCGCCCCAAGGGACCCUACGCUGCCCAGUCUGCCCAGCCCGGCCUCUUACCGGAGUGAGACCCUACAAUAACACCCCACCCUGAGGGAUCCUACGCUGCCCACUCUGCCCCCCCCGGGCCUCUGACUGCAAUGAGACCCUACAAUAACACCCCGCCCUGAGGGACCCUACGCUGCCCAGUCUGCCCAGCCCGGCCUCAUACCGCAAUGCGACCCUACAAUAACACCCCGCCCUGAGGGAUCCUACGCUGUCCACUCUGCCCCCCCCCCGGGCCUCUGACUGCAAUGAGACCCUACAAUAACACCCCGCCCCAAGGGACCCUACGCUGCCCAGUCUGCCCAGCCCGGCCUCUUACCGCAAUGAGACCCUACAAUAACACCCCGCCCCAAGGGACCCUACGCUGCCCAGUCUGCCCAGCCCGGCCUCUUACCGGAGUGAGACCCUACAAUAACACCCCGCCCUGAGGGAUCCUACGCUGCCCACUCUGCCCCCCCCCGGGCCUCUGACUGCAAUGAGACCCUACAAUAACACCCCGCCCCAAGGGACCCUACGCUGCCCAGUCUGCCCAGCCCGGCCUCAUACCGCAAUGCGACCCUACAAUAACAAUCCCCCAUGCUAACAAACACUCUCAGUGCAAACCCUUCCUCCCCAGCCGCGACCCUCCGCUCACCCCAGGCUGGGUGCCAGGCGUCUGUGCCCUGGGAGCAAACUCCAGCGGGCGUGGCGGGGGGCGUGGCUGCCCAGGGCACCCCCCGGGGUAUAACCCCCAGGCCCCGCCGCCCCCCCGCCAGUGGGCGCGAUGUGCACGAGGAAGUGCUCCCGGGUGGUGGGCGUGGGGCUCUGGCCCCUGGCCCUGACCUGCACCAUCUGCAACCUGCUGCUCUGCUUCCCCGACUGGGACACCCAGUACGUGCAGGGCGGGGGCCGGCUGCUCACCCCCGAGGUGCUGUACCUGGGGGGCCUCGUCGGGGGCGGCGCCAUGAUCCUGAUCCCAGCGAUCCACAUCCAGGCGACCAGCCGGCAGGCCUGCUGCGGGAACCGCUGUGGGAUGUUCCUGUCCAUCCUCUUCGCCCUGGUGGGGGUGGCCGGCUCUGUCUACGCCGUGAGCGUCUCCGCCCUGGGGCUGGUGAACGGGCCCCUGUGCCAGGUGCGGGAGGACAACGGCAGCCUCAGUACAUGGGCACAGCCCUUCCGCAGCGCCCACGAGGAGCUCAGCGAGCAGAGCUACCUGUUCAACACCUCGACGUGGGACGCGUGUGUGAACCCGCCGGGCGUGAUCCGGUUCAACGUGACCCUCUUCUCCCUGGUGCUGGUAGCGGCGCUGAUGGAGCUGCUGCUCUGCGGGGUGCAGGUGCUGAACGGCCUCUUCGGCUGCCUCUGCGGGACCUGCAACAAGAAACAGGACAGGGGCCCCAAGCAAUCCCUGCACUGAGCCGAAGAGCCGCCAGCGUGACCUGAGGAGCCGCGGCACAACCGCCCACCCCCUCCGAAACCCUCCCUGCCCGUCACGCCCCAGGAACCCAGGCAUCCGGGACCAGCUCUGCCUGGGAUCACGGGGACACAGAGCUUACAGACAGCAGCGCCCGUGCAACGCACCAAGCACCCCCCCCCCGUGUCACCAGCCACCCUGAAUAAACCCGAGGGGCCGUGGGGAACUCCGCGGGGGGUGGAGUGGGGAACUGCGGCCUCUGCUCUGGACAAACCUC